UUAAAACGUCAUCAGUUUAAAAGUUUAAAAAUUCAAAACAAGCCUUUGUGGUGGACGUGUGAUCUGGAGACUGCAACAAUAUUAGAGGGGAAAAUGGAGUCUUUCGGAGACCGUCUAAAGGUGAUGGUUAAAGUAUUCAGGAGAGAGUGCCACAGGGUUUUACACUCUGAGAGGACCACCAUUCAUGGAGCUGAUGGCAUGCUGAUGCUGCUGCAGCUGGCCGUGGCAGAAGUUACUAAGCAGCACGGCGGAGAGUUCAAAGUGGCUCUGAGUGAUGUCCUGAUGGCCUGGAAACACUUACUGUUAGACAAACUUCACCUGCCACCCCCCAACUUUGCACGCUUGGAGAACUAUGAUCUCAUCCUGGAGGCAUACGAAUCCUUCCUGAAACGCUCCAACACGGUGGACCUGGUUGAUAUCCUCUCCAUGUACAAACAGCUGAGACUGGACUCUGACCCGGAGGAGCCUGUGAGCCCGAUCCAGCUGUUUGAGUUCUUAUCAGGCAACAUGGAGGUCUCAGAGUUGCCAGACUCUUCGGUCCCGUCAACACCGUCUAGUAAAAGCCGGCCCUGCAGCUCACAGAUGAAACUGGCAGUGAGAAGAGUUUUCUGCUCCUAUCUGAGUUUGCUUGUGAACGCCAACAACGACAUGGCCUUGGCGCUAACCCUUGACGUGCCCAGUCGCACUCUUGAACGCCAGGCAUUUACCGACGUAAAGCACGCUGCACGUAACAACAACACUUCUCUUUUCCUGGCUGUGACAUCUUUUGUGAGGGCCAUCCAGCUCGGAGGGAAGGGCUACGCUCCAGCUGAGUCGGACCCACUGAGGAAACAUGUCAAAGGCCUGUCUGACUUUGUCCAGUUUCUAGACAACCUGGAAGAAAUACUGGGGGAGAUUCCUGACCCAAGUGUAUGUGGAGCCAGGCUGGUGGCCGCCAUCAGGGCAGCGCUGGUGAAGGGACGCAGCAGCGAAGACGCCGUGUACGCCGCGGCCGAGGAAACGACGAAGGAGCUGAAGGAGAGGAUCUGCCAGCUACACCAGAUCCAGAAACAGAUUGCUAAUGGAAGCGGGACAGGGAUAAGCCCUGCCAGGCCAAAGGCGUACGCAGUCAAUCACAGCACGGCGUACGGAGGUCGGGACACUGUGAAGGUGCUGAUGGCGCUGCUGGAUGAAGAAGCGCUGAGUCCUCCGAGUCGGAACAAGGCAGACCUGCUGUCUGAGGACCAGCCCGUCCUCAGCGGAGCAGAGGGGACCUGCGUCCUCAACUUGUUCAGAUCCCCUGAAGUGUCUACUGGAUGUUCUCCAGAACCUCUAAAGAACAGAGUCCAGAGCCGGCUAGAUCUGCUCAAACCCAAGACUAAAGACAGAGGACUUCGAUCCCAGUUUGCGUGCACAUACACAGAUGAAGAACUGCCACUCAACCGUGUGCUGGAGUUCCCCAGUACCAGCCAGGUCCCUACCUGUGUGCACCCAGCACCCAAACCCCAAACCAUCCUACCAGCUGUGGAUGAGGAGUGCAGCUCUGAUGUGGAGGAGACGAACAAAGCCAAGUCUGCGUCUGAAUGCCCGAAUAAGGAGCAGAGUGGCGUGCAGCGGGGGGCUGCGCUCGGGCCAAGAAGUGGAAAUGCCCAAAACAGAGGUGCAGGCCCGGGUAGUAGGAAGAAAGCUGGCGCUCAGGUGCAGGGAAAGGGCAACAAGAGGAAGCAGGUGGACUCCGACCAACAUGGAGGACCAGAGAACGAGCCUCCAGAGAAGAAACAGAUCACUAGUAUCUCGGUCAAAAUGCCUGGCAAGAAUGUCAGCAAGGCCUCGAGUAAGAAGAAGCUGAUAGUUGGACAGGGAAAGUUAACCAGCUUCUUCAGAGUCUAAUGAGCAUUUGUACUGGUUUUUAGAUGGUACAUACUACUGUGUAGUAUUUGAAUGUUCUAAUUAAUGAUGAUUUUCAGUCUCCGUUAAUCUGUUGUUUUAAUCAAGACAACUUUAAAUGUAUUUAAUCACGAGUUUUAUAGUUUAUAUAUUUAACUUGUAAAAUUCCACAGCGAAAUCAAUGAAGUAUGAUGCAGACUUUUCACUUUUAAUAAACUUUUUAUUUUGUUUUA